AUGGAAUCAAAUGGAACGCGCAAAGGGCCGCUGCCUGGAGGGCGAAAGGGGGAGAAACUGGAGGUUUCGCGUAUCGGGCAAGGAUGCAUCGACUUUUUUGCUGAGCUGGAGCCAUCUGUAACCGUCACCGAGCAAAACCUGGCAGACCGAGUUCGGUAUAUCUUGCGCUCAAAUACAUUUGAUGUCACCGAACUCGAACGGCUACGACGUGAGGCUGUUCCUUCAUCGGGUGAAAACGCUGCGGCUGAGGAUGCGGGGCCACAAGUUGCUGAGCAAACGGCAAAUGUGGAUGCCGCCGUGAAUACGCCAGUUGUGGCUGAUUCAAACGAUGAUGGAACAGUCGCCCAGGAACUGGAACUAGAGCAAAUGAGGAGUACAUUGGAAGAGGCGAUUGUGGAAACGCGCAGUACGACUCUCGAAAAUCGACCGCGACUUCCCCGCUUAGCCCUAAGCAAGCGGAAUCGGGCUGUCGUGAGGGCUCUGAACCCAAUGCUGGUUACCUAUUUGGAAGCCAGCCGGGACCUUUGCGAUACGGACUCAAGUCUUUUUGGCGCCGCACUGGCAGUCUGCCGUAUUAUAGGCGCCAAACUUUCCACGGCUGGACGGCGCUACUGGACAAAGUAG